GGCAGAUGGGCGCUUGUUUGCAGUGCGCAUCAUGCUUGGAGUGGCUUCUGAGGCCCGGAGUUUGUGUUCCGAGAGGGUAGACCCCUUAUUGAGUAUAAUGGCUUACUCAUUUAGCCAAGUGGUGGCGUGAGGUCCACGUCCAUUGGACUUCGGCUGACGAAUCAAGGGUCGAGUCUUAUCAAGCAACGUUGAACAAUGUGACGGUUUCCGGCUAUUACUUGCCCCACUUUUUCCCGCACAUGAGGAACGUUCGCAGCGAUCGCUGCAUAGUUGUCACUUGGACGUAUAGGUUGUUCUAUGUCUCUGUCUCUGUCUUGCAUCUCGUGCUGUUCCCUUUAGGAGAGAAACUGAUGCCAGUCUCAGUCUUACGGCUUCUUGGUUCGAAUUCCAACGCUUUUUGAUUAUAACUGCGCUCGUGUAGGAGGAUAGUACCACACCCUUUGGGCAAAAAAAUUUCACUCAUCUAUUGAUUUUCUUGCCUUGGCAUGUCUGCAUCUCCAAUGACUUCGUUCUUCGCCUCAGCGACCGGCCUAUCCCGACCUGCACUGGCACGCGCAACACCUUCCCAGAGCUUGGUGCUCGUCAAAUCACUUUCCCAUCGGGCAGGAGCAGGCCAGAAACGCAAGUUGAUACCCAGGAUCGUUGCCAGAAACAUAGCCAAGGCCCUCAAAAAAUGGAAACCAUUUACUCCACGAGCCGCUAGCAGUGACUGCUCCGAGUGCAACGUUAGUUUCCCAUCAGUUACAGAUGUGCAAUCGCACACUUCCCCUGAGGAUUUCACGUUCGCGAGCACUUCUUCGUCAGAAGUCUCAACCCCCGAUGAAUGCAAGACUCCGCCUCACGCUAUUGAGAUAUCCUUCUCUCUCCCAUCAGUCUCCAUAGCAUCAAGCGAUUCUGAAAGCAGCGCUGUGAAGGACACUGACUUGCUUGGGGAAUUUGAGCCUCUCACGAACCCUCAUGCUAUCAAACGUAUCGAUACCCACGACAUUGACAUAGAUGACGUUAUCCUUAAAAUGAAAGUUUUAAAGGAGCCAGAGCUUCCAGAGACCCCUUUCUCCUCCUUCAGCGCUUGGGAAAUCCCGACUAUCCUGGUCACGCCUUCUACGCCAACAGACUCCGUUGAAACGUCGUCGCUAUUUCGUUCCCUGCUUCCUGUCACGCUGCCUCCUCCGUCUCCUACUUUGGUGCCUGCACUCGCACCAAUGCGCCAGCCUCCGGUUCUUAUAGAUAUUGCCUCCCCGCACGCCAAGGAUGCCUUAUCCUUGCCUAACAUCUGCAUCAACCAAUGGGUUUUACUGUGGCGCCUUUACGUCCUUGAACAGUCUGAUGAUGAUCUGUUACGACCUGUUGAAUCACCAUGGGAGGUGGUUGAAUUUCCUGGUGCGGAUAUGGUGUUUAAAUACAUGUUUACUGUCGCAUUACUUUUACUCCUCGUUUUCCAAGACCAUUUCUUCCAGCUCAUGCGCUCCCUCAUUGUUUCUUGAUGAUAUCCAACUUCCUGUACACAUUUUUAUCUUUUCGUCAUUUGUUCUCGUGUAUGUAUGAAGUCCAAAUAUGGAAACUUUCGAUCAGGUAACUUCAA